AUGAAGGGUCGUCAAGGGGCUACGUUGGGUGUUUCCAUCACCUUUUUCACCAUCGCCAGUAUUUUUGUCGCUCUUCGCUUCAUUUCGCGAAUCUUCGUGGUCAGAAAAAUCGGGUUACACGACUGGUUGAUGUUGGUCGCAUGGUUUAUCGAUUUUGGCUUCUCUUUUUCGCUAUUCUAUUCGGUUCGGAAGGGCCUUGGUCUUCAUUCAACUGAGCUUAGGCCCGAAGAUGAACCCGCUUUUAAUAAGGCCAAUUAUGCGUUCACGGUCCUCUACAAUCCAGCGUUGAUGGCCGUCAAGACUUCGAUCCUUGUCUUCUUCUUAACUUUGACGCGCAAUCAAAAGGUCUUCCGAUGGGCAAAUUAUGUCACUUUGUUCGUCGUGAAUGCGGCGGGCAUUGCAUUGACACUGGUCAAUGUUUUCCAGUGUAAUCCUGUCGGCGCUGCAUUCCUUUCCGACCUCCCGUCCCAUGCGAAUUGCACCGACAUUGUCACUUUGUACCUCUCCUCGUCCCCGGUGAAUAUCAUUACGGACCUAGCUAUUCUCUUGCUUCCGAUGCCACUUUUAACCAAAAUGCGCCUACCCUACAAGCAAAAGAUUAUUUUAGUCAUCACUUUUUCCUUUGGAUUUUUCGUGGCUGUGGUCGAUGUGGUUCGAAUUGCCUUCCUCCAGCAGGCUGCCAUUUCUCGCUCGCUGGAGGUCAAAUCAAUUCAUAUUCAAAACAUCGGAGGGGUUGAUUUCAGUUGGUACGCAUCGCUGUCUUUCAUGUGGUCUGCGGUAGAAGUCAAUCUAUCGAUCAUCUGCGGUUGCGUUCCAAGUCUCAAACCACUCGUCACUCGCCUUGUCCCGAAAUUGAUCAGAGACACUAGCGAUGGAUCAACCUCUUCGCCUAACGAUCUCUCUACAAGAGAAAUCCCGGUCGCUGUGCCACAGCCGGUUGCAGUCCCAGAGUCACUGGCACGUCCAACACCGCCAGCCGUCGAUGACAGGAAUAAAACUUUACAAAACCCAGUCGGUAGCGUAUCUGCCGACAGGAAUGGCUCUCGAGAUUCAGAUCCUAUGGGUAUAUUAGAUUUCCUGGGUCAUCCGGGAACAGGAACCCUCGAUACGGAGGGAGCCACCCACACUAGCUUGUCAUAUCCACCAGAUAUCACGUUCUUCGACUUCGUGAACAUGAAAAACCCAGAGAGUAUGCUCAAACUCAACAACAGAGAGUCGAUCGCGCCAAUCGCAUUGACCACACUACUGUUUUUCAUGUGGGGUUUCGCUUAUGGUCUACUCGAUAUCUUGAAUUCCCAAUUCCAGACCAUCGUUCAACUGGGGACAUGGCAUUCUCUGGGCCUUCAUGGCGCAUACUUCGGUGGAUAUGUCCUCGGCCCUUUGUUGGUUGGCGGGCCCGUUUUGAAAAUUUGGGGUUUUAAGUCUACGUUUAUCACAGGUCUUUGCAUAUAUGCCUGUGGAACCCUCAUAUUCUGGCCUUCCGCUGUUCUGGCGUCGACACCUGCGUUCAUUCUGUCCAAUUUUAUUGUUGGGUUUGGUCUAGCUGUUUUAGAAACUGCUGCAAAUCCGUUCAUUGCGCUAUGUGGACCCCUCGAAAAUUCGGAGAUCAGACUCAACAUCUCGCAAGGUGUGCAGGCUGUCGGGAGCGUCUUGUCGCCGCUGUUAGCCAAAAGGGUUCUUUUCAAGGAUGUUCACGAUGUUGCGUCUUUGGUCGACGUACAAUGGGCAUACCUUGGUAUCGCUCUUUUCGACGUGCUAUUGGCUGUUGCCUUUUAUUAUCUACCAGUCCCCGAAGCAUCAGAUGAAGACUUGGAAGAACUUGCAAACCGACGCCGAGAAGACAAUAUGACUAAAGUUAUCGGUGUUCCGGUAGUUUGGCUCACUCUCGGCCUGGGAGUCUGGUCGCAAUUUUUCUACGUGGCUGGACAAGAAGUUCUUGCUACGGGUCUUGAACGUUUCGUUCUUGCCGCUCGUCCAGAUUCGUCACUUACAGCAUUCGACUUCCUGACUAUCGGACACAGCGUCUUCGCUGUUGGUCGUUUCUUAGCCGCAUUUGCGCAAUGGUUCCUCAAACCACGCUGGAUCCUCAUGGUCAGCUACAUCGGUAUGAUCGUAUUCUCUAUUCUUUGCAUGAAAACAACCGGCUCGGCAGCUAUCGUAAUGGCGAUGAUGGUCUACCUCUUCGAGAGCGGCGCGUUCAGUAUUAUCUUCUGCAUCUCUCUGCGCGGUACAGCACAGCAUACCAAAACAGCUACUGUGCUCUUGACGAUGGCAAUCAGUGGCGGAACUUUCUUCCCAUUCGCUGAGUAUGCAGCAUAUCUCGCACACGGUGAUUCUUUCUCUUUCUGUGUUAUCAUCGCGCUCUUCUGUGCCGGUGCCAUCUUCCCUAUAUACCUCAACCUCGUUCCCGCCGUCAAAAAACAAGUCGACCCCGUUCCGAACGAGUAUCUUCGUCGACAUCGCCGCCGAAGUCGCCCUCCCAUAGAGCCUAUGCACCAUCAAAAGGAUAAUCCAUCUCUCGGCGGUGUCCUCUCCCGCCCGCGCAGCCUAGUUUCGAACCCAGACGACCUCCCCGAUCUCCUACUGCCAGAGGAAAUCCACCAGAACUCCCUUGCACAUGGUCUUGCCGCGGCUAAAUCGACCUCUACCUCAAGCUUCCGUGUCCACUCAAUAACGCCUCGCCACUCUGGCUCGAAUCAUAGAUCCUCUACCAGGAGCAAGAAUUCAUGA